GAUUAACGCACCGGAAGUUAAGUUGGGACUAGUGAGCAAGCUAAGAGCCUUCUCGGAGUAUGGACACGCAGAUCUACCAAAAAAGAAGAAAAGAGACUUUACCUGUUCUUUAAUUUCUUUUAUGGAAAAUAACCAGAGGGGUUUUCUGCUUAAAUUCGGUUGCAAUGGGGCGAAGUCGGUCCCGCAGCAGAUCUCCUGAGACCUCUGUGAGUAGGCGUGGAAAAGAGCGAAGAUCAUCAAAGAAACGUCACAGAUCCAGCUCUUCGUCCUCCAACUCCAGCAGUGCAAGUCCAAGCCCUCGCAAGAAACAUACACAUGGUACCAGCAAGAGCCAAAGUGCAGAGCGCAAAUCAGAGAAGAAAAUGCGGAACAGAAAACAACAUUCUUCCUCUUCAUCAAGCAGUUCAUCAUCUUCAUCUUCAUCCAGUGAUGAAGAGGCCAAAAAGAGAAAGCUUAAAAAGGCCAAGAAGCAGUUGAAGAAAAUGAAAGCAAAGGAAAAAAAGAAGGUGAAAAAGGACAAGAAAAGGCUUAAGAAGAUGAAGAAGUUAGCAGCUAAGGCUGAGGCAGCAGCAAAUAAAGCUCCACUGAUGAUCCCUGUUCCGGUACCUGUUCAAAUAGAAAAACCCCAGUCAUACUUAGAGACCUGGCAAAGUGAUGAUGCCACAGAACAUGGUCCUGUGAUGACUGAUGAACAGAAGGCCAUUUUCUCCACCAAGAGGCCCUUGACGAAAGAGGAGUAUGAAGCCAGACAAAGAGUCAUCCGGCGAGUUGUUGACCCUGAGACAGGACGUACCAGGCUUGUGAGAGGAGAUGGAGAGAUUUUAGAAGAGAUUGUCAGCAAAGAGAGGCACAAAGACAUCAAUAAGCAAGCAACAAAGAGAGAUGGUGAUGCAUUCCAGAAGAGACUAGGCAUUAAUUAGGUAGAGGAACACUUCACUGCUUCACUGGACAUGUAAAAACUAUAUCCAGAUGUUUUUAAGCACAAACCCUAAGGAAUCUCAAGAAAGCAUCAUAUGUUCGAUUGAAUAAAGUGUUUCCAUGCCUUUGAAACUGCCUAAAA